AAAUCUCAGGAGGGGGCGGGAGAGGGGCAACUCUCAGUGCGCCUGCGCGGCCUCUCGAGGCCCGGCUGCGGGAGAGGGCGCGGGCGGACGAGCCUCCAGGCGCCUGCGCAGUCGCGACUCCGGAGGAUCUCUCGCGAGGAAGGACGCCAUUAUCGCAGCCGCCCGACCAAACACCACGAGAAUUCGGAAGGCAAACGGUAACCUCGCUUCUCCUCCCGGCUGGCCGGCUCAGGCGGAGCUCCUUGGAUCACAUUUACAUGAAUUGACACACUUUAUCUUUUGGUCCAGCACGGCUGCCUGAUCCUGAAUGAUGACGGAACACGAUUUAGCAGAUGUGGUUCAGAUUGCUGUGGAGGACUUGAACCCAGAUCAUCCAGUUGUAUUAGAAAAUCAUGAAGUGGCCGAUGAAGAUGUAGAGCCCCCUUUAAAACGUCAGCGGAUUGAGAUUAAUUGCCAAGACCCCUCAAUUAAGUCUUUUCUGUAUUCCAUUAAUCAAACGAUAUGUGUGCGAUUGGAUAGCAUUGAAGCAAAGCUGCUGGCCCUUGAAGCUACCUGCAAAUCUCUGGAAGAGAAGCUGGACCUUGUCAUGAACAAGCAGCACAGCCCCAUCCAAGUCCCCAUGGUGGCAGGUUCUCCGCUUGGUGCUACACAGACGUGCAACAAAGUCAGAUGUGUUGUCCCUCAGACCACAGUAAUACUCAACAAUGAUCGUCAGAACUCAAUUGUAGCCAAGAUGGUGGGACAGGAGGAGCCACUGAGCAGAGCGACGGAGUCACUGGAAAAUAUCCUUAGCACUGCUGUUCCUGGGCGGAGACAGAACACGAUUGUGGUGAAAGUUCCGGGGCAUGAAGACAGUCACAACGAAGAUGGGGAAAGUGGCUCUGAAGCCAGCGACUCUGUUUCCAACAGUGGCCAGUUAGGAAGCCAGAGCAUUGGGAACAACGUUACCCUUAUUACACUGAACUCUGAAGAGGAUUAUCCCAGCGGGACAUGGCUGGGAGAUGAAAACAACCCGGAGAUGCGGGUGCGUUGCCCCAUCACGCCAGCAGACAUGCUGCACAUCAGCACCAACUGCCGCACUGCAGAGAAAAUGGCACUAACGCUGCUCGAUUACCUCUUCCAUCGAGAAAUCCAGGCCAUCUCCAACCUGUCAGGGCAAGGGAAGCAUGGGAAGAAGCAACUAGACCCUCUUAUGAUUUACGGCAUUCGUUGUCAUCUUUUCUAUAAGUUUGGCAUCACGGAAUCCGACUGGUACCGGAUCAAGCAGAGCAUAGAUUCCAAAUGCCGAACUGCUUGGCGGCGGAAACAGCGAGGCCAGAGUCUUGCCGUGAAAAGCUUUUCAAGGAGAACACCUUCCUCGUCGUCCUAUAGUGGAUCAGAGAGUGCUCAAAGUACUUCUGCCCCAAAUGAAAUACAGGCAAACCAGCCUCAAGCCCUUCAUUAUGCUUUGGCCAAUGCCCAGCAAGUGCAGAUCCACCAAAUAGGAGAAGAUGGACAAGUCCAAGUAACAGAUGAAAAUGAACACAAAAGACGCCUAAAAAAGCAAAGUGGCAGCCAGUUUUGCCAGCAGGGUCACCUCCACAUUGCCCAGGUGCCGCAAGGGGAGCAGGUCCAGAUCACGCAAGACAGCGAGGGUAACUUGCAGAUACAUCAGGUUCACGUCGGACAAGAUGGCCAGGUGCUACAGGGUGCUCAGCUGAUUGCUGUUGCUUCUUCUGAUCCCGCAGCUGGUGGCGUUGAUGGAUCACCGCUCCAAGGCAGUGAUAUCCAAGUCCAAUAUGUCCAGCUGGCGCCUGUGACAGACCACUCGGCCGCUAAUCAAAACACAGAUUCUCUUCAGUCAGCCAUCCAGCCAGAAAUGCAAAUAGACCACGGAGCCAUUCAGAUCCAGUGAGACCAAAUCGAGAGGGGAGUAGCGACAGACGCCUCAGCCGGCAGCUCAGAUCCCAUCCGCAGAGCACGUCGGUGGCUUCUCACCCCAGAGGAAGUCUUCUCGGAUCUCUCCUGUACAGAUGAGCGUGACCCGGCUGCACUGACCCAGUUGCACAGGCCCACAAGUAGAUGCUCUUGUGACCGUGCCCCCCGCCCCCUCCUCCUUUCACUCCGGUGCAAAAGACUCCCAAUAGGUUUGGUUUAGCCAUACCUGGGGUGGGGGGCGCUAUUUUUGAAGAGGUAAAACCUAUCUAAACUAAUUAAUCAGAUUACAAAUACUUUAACGUACCACUCGUUCCUCUUUACUGUGACUUUGUAAAUGUCUGUAGAUACCUUACCAGACAUGUGGCUGUCUUGCAGUACAUACUUUACCAUGCAGAAAGAAUCAAGAGUGCAAAUAUAUUUUGCUGUUGAAAGAAGUUUUUUUUUUAAUUUGCUAGGUUUAUAAUUUUUAAAAAAAGAUUUAUUUAAGAGAAAGAAAAUGGGGGGAAAGUCCGUUAUCACAAACCUUUGCUUUUUUGCUGCUGUUCUUUCUGUUUUUAGUAUAAUCAAAAACUAUUUGCAAAAAGAGAGAAAAUCCCAGACACAACCCUUGCCCUUUUUGUUUGUAUUGUUGCUUAACUACUUUUCUAAAGGGGGAAAACUACUAUCUGACACUGUAAUUAUGCAUUUCUAAAGGAAUAAAUGUGUAUUUAUGAAGAG